UUCUUACUUUUGGGGGCUGCGAGUGGGAUGAGCACCCCAACCCCCCUCAGGGUCAUUGUUUCACCAGCGCGGACCACCCCCCGCCCCUCCUCGCCCUCCCUUCCGCUUUCUCCCGCUGCUCCCGCUUCACUUUUUGGGCGAUCGUGGCGACGAGCGACGUGGAUCGCUGCGUGUGCGUGGCUGCUCCUCUCAUCUUUUCUUUUCGGACGAGACAUGGGCUCCGUUUCCAACCAGGAAUUCCCAGGCGGCUGCAAGGCGGACGAGGACGGGGAGGGUCCCGGCGCGGCCGAGGAGGACUCGCAGCCCCUCCGGGGCCUGGGCUCGUGCAAAUGGUUCAACGUGCGCAUGGGCUUCGGCUUCCUGUCCAUGACCAGCCGGGACGGCGUGACGCUGGACGAGCCCGUGGACGUCUUCGUGCAUCAGAGCAAGUUGCACAUGGACGGCUUCCGCAGCCUGAAGGAAGGCGAGGCCGUGGAGUUCACCUUCAAGAAGUCCUCCAAGGGCCUGGAGUCCCAGCGAGUCACGGGCCCCGGCGGCAUCCCCUGCGUGGGCAGCGAGCGCAGGCCCAAAGGCAAGAAAGUCCAGAAGCGGCGCUCCAAAGGAGACCGGUGCUACAACUGCGGCGGUCUGGACCACCACGCCAAAGAGUGCAAGUUGCCGCCUCAGCCCAAAAGGUGCCACUUCUGCCAGAGCAUCGAUCACAUGGUGGCCAACUGUCCAAUCAAAGCGCAGCAGAGCUCGGCCGCUUCUCAGGGAAAGCCGUCCCCCCGCAAGGCCGACGAGGAGGAGAAGAGCCAGCGCGCUGCCACGCCGCCGCCGCCGCCGCCGCCUCCACAGGAGCCCUCCUAUUAGGGAGAGGCCCGACGGAGGUGGGUUGGGGCUUCUUUUUUUCCAGAGGUGCUUAGCACGGAGGCCAAUCAAAGUGCUUUGACCCGAGGGAUCACCUCUUGGAUCGAAAUCAGCUUGAAACAAGAAGAAUGUUUGUCGAUUUAGGCUUUUGGUUUUGUUUGUUGUCCUUGCUUAAAAUCAUGAAUACCGCUUGUAUUAUUGUGAGAAUCACUGGCGUCACGCUCGCUUCCGGGUGGCAAAAGAAAUCCCGUUGGAGGUUAACCUUACUUUGGCUGCUAAAUUGCUCGCACCCGAGGCCCGAUGCCCGCAACUCGGCUUCCAAAAAGUAGAAGAAUUGACGCGGCGGAAAGUCUGCCUUGGCGUGAUGACUUGACUUUUCUGUUGCCCAGUUUCCUGACUGGGCUAGUCCCGCGGUUUGCUUCUUGCUCGACAAGCCGGCCAAACUUUGGAUGCGUACCUGUGAGAAAAUGUCCGGAUGCUUUCUUGGUUCCUCGUCCGUCUCGCGAGAAGGCGGCGCUCCGCCUUUUGGCGCUCUUGCAAUCGUCUCUCUUCCGUACAAAUAUUGAUCACAUUCAUUCAAUUGCUUCUGCUUGAUUGGAUGAUUAUAUAUCUCUACAUAUUGGUGUGUUUUACAGAAUUGAAAACCCCCCACCUCUGAUAUCGAUAGCUAUAUCUAGCAGUGCAAUUAAAAAGACGAAAGGUUUUUAUUUCAAGUUGGCGGUAAUCAAUCACUUACUGCCACCCGGAAGUACCCUGGCGCCUUUUGCUUAUUCUGAAAAUGAGGGCCCGACCAAUUCGUUGGCCUGCUGAGUCAAUCUUUGCCCCCCGGGGGGGAAAAAAAUUGUAAAGAAUCGGACGA